CAUAACACAAAAUGUCUGGACGCGGCAAAGGAGGCAAAGUUAAGGGAAAGGCAAAGUCCCGUUCAAAUCGUGCUGGUCUUCAGUUUCCCGUUGGCCGAAUCCACCGUCUGCUGAGGAAGGGAAAUUAUGCCGAACGUGUGGGUGCUGGAGCACCCGUCUAUUUGGCAGCUGUAAUGGAGUAUCUCGCCGCUGAAGUUCUGGAAUUGGCAGGAAAUGCUGCCCGUGACAACAAGAAAACCAGAAUCAUCCCGCGCCAUCUUCAGCUGGCCAUCCGCAAUGACGAGGAGUUGAAUAAGUUGCUCUCCGGAGUAACCAUUGCCCAGGGUGGUGUGCUGCCGAACAUCCAAGCAGUGCUGUUGCCCAAGAAGACCGAGAAGAAGGCCUAAAUUUAAACUGUGACACACAUCAAAACUAAACAAAAACCGUCCUUUUCAGGACGAACAAAUUAUUACGAUAAAGAAAAAAUUGAAAUUAAUUCUAGCGUGAACUACAAAUGUUACGGAGAUAUAAUUUCUUUUUGUUUAUCUGCAUCUCCACCUGUGUAUUUUAUCUGGAGACGAUGUGUAUUUUAUCUUGUAGCGUAGCACAAAGUAUAAAAUAAAUUAUGUAUAUUCAGUUUUGCGACCGAUCCA